GUGAGUGAAGGCGGGUGACGUCACAUUUGCGUGCAAAGACGACCAGCGAGAAGAACACUCGGACACGGGUCGGUUUUUAUCGUUUCCCAAUCAUUUUUGACACCACAAUGUUGCCUUCGAGAAGAACUUUUGAGGCCGACAAGCAGCAGCUGCAGCUGCUCAACGGCCGGUUGACUCAGUACCUCACCAGGACCCAACAAUUGGAGCGGGAGAACGCGUGUCUCCUGGCCGAGAUCAACCAGCUCAGACAGGCCCAGGUGGUGGAACGGGAACCGCAGUACAAGGCCGAAGUACGCGAGUUGAGGCGGGCGAUGGAGCGGGUGGCGCUGGAGAAGUCCCGCGCCGAGAUGGAGCGCGAGAAGCUGUGCAGGGAGUUGCAGACUGUGCGCUCGCUGUGCAGCCAGCAGAGCGACGCCUGCCGGGACAUCGGCGGGGAGCUGCACGGCCGAGAGAAAGAGCUCCGGGCGGCCCACCACAACAAUGCGUUGCUCCAGCAGCGUUUGGUGGAGCUUCAGAGGGAGUACGCCCUCUUGGAGGAGACGCACCGGCAGCAGAUGGGACAGCUCAGACAUCAAGUAGACAGCCAGGUGAAUUCCAUGGUGAUCACGCAGAGUUACCAUGGGCCUCCUGCGGCCUCCAUGGAAGACGUGGAGGAGUAUGCCCGCGGGAUGUCCGAGAGCUGGACACAGACCUUAGAAAUGUACCAACAGAAGGUGCAAGAGAUGGAACAGGCCAUCCAGGAGGACCAGGCCAUGCUGGAUGACCUGCAGAGGGAGAAGAUGCUGCACACCACCCAGUUGGACAAACUACAGAUGGACGCGGAGAAACAAGGGCAGCAGCAAAUGCGACUGGAGGAGCAACUCCUACACAUGCAGGAGAAAUUCAGUCAGGAUGAGGGCGAGUAUCAGAUGAUUAUCGACCAGCUGGAACGGGAAAGAAACGCCAUGGCGGAGGCCAUUGGUCAGAGGACGCAAGAGCAUCAACAUCUGCUGCGGGUCAAGAUGGACCUGGGCAUGGAGGUGGCAGCCUAUAGAGCGCUUUUGGAGGGCGAGAGAGUCGGGCUUCAAGACGCUCACAGAAAGAUGAGCGAACUCCAGCGGGAACGCACUAUCGAUAUCAAGAUGGCCGGACAACGCUACGCUCCAAGAACUUCCGCCGCAAGCCGACAGCGUAUGGACGUCAGGUUCACCCCAUCAACAUCCAUUAUGAGAAGAUCUCCCGUCGUUCCUUCUGGGUCUACAAGUCCCUCCAGGGUCAUUCCGAUUUCACUCGCUCAGCAUCAGAGUCCGGCCUGCAGAAGGGACAUGAUCUCGUUCACCAAAUCCCGAGCGGCCACUUCUUCCACUGUUCCCAAAGAGCAAGAAAAAAUCCAGAGUCAAAGUCCGACGUCGGUGGAGAAAACAAAGAAAUUUGAACUUUUGUCUAAGGUAGAGAGCCAAAGCCCGACGUCGGCGGAGAAAACAAAGAAAAUUGAACUUGGUUCUAAGGUAGAGAGCCAAAGCCCGACGUCGGCGGAGAAAACAAAGAAAAUUGAACUUGUGUCUAAGGUAGAGAGCCAAAGCCCGACGUCGGCGGAGAAAACAAAGAAAAUUGAACUUGUGUCUAAGGUUGAGAGCCAAAGCCCGACGUCGGUAGAGAAAACAAAGAAAAUUGAACUUGUUUCUAAAGUAGAGAGCCAAAGCAGUUCCACAAAGUCGUCUGUGGAGAACACGUCCGGUCGAGUGCUGUCACCACCAAGAAGAAACCGCAAGAAAAAGACAAAGAUGGAAAAGCCUAUGGCGGAAGUUGAUGAACCAGAUAUGCGUGAGAGUGAGCGUAAGGACAAAGGCAAAAUCGAGACCACAAGUACGAGAAAGGCUUUCCAUGACAAUGUGUCCGUUGAGGACAUCAUUGAGACGGUGAUCAAACCAGCUGGUUUGGAAGCUGAGGUUUGCUCCUCUGGGGAACCAAAAAUCACCUAUCACGUGGAGAAAAGUCAACAAGGCGACGGCUCGAUGAAGACUCAGAUUGUGUUGCAGUCCAAGGUGGAAGAGGAAGUGGACGUUUCGGAGGAAUCGGCUCUGAAUCAGCUCUUGAGCCAAGGAUUGAAGAAGGUAUCCCUGGAGGACAUUGAGGACACGGCAACGGGAAGCAUGAUCAGGAACCUGCUCAGUGGCCUACAAGGAGAAGGGAAAUCCGUCAAUGUGGAAAUUAUCGAGCAGCCGGUAGAGUCUUACGACGAAGUCAGUGAGGAGUCAAGAUCUGUUUUUUACGAGCCCUCUGCGUAUUUCCAAAUUGAAGAGAUGAAAGAAGAUACGCAAGUUGACGACGCGGCGAUAAAAUCCAAAGUCAGAUCCGUUCGGGUUCAGGAGGAGCGCGAGAAGUCGUUCCAUUUCAGCCGUGACAGAGAGCCGGCCGAGUAUUUUGUCUCCACGCCGGACGAUAAUCUCUCUGAACCUGAGGAGGGUUAUGGCAUUACCUCAUACGGUCAUUACGGAAUGGUGGAUGACUUAUCUGAUGAGAGGUAUUACCAAGAUGACGGAGUUCCACAAAGCAGAAGCAUCCAUAAAGAAAACAAAUAUCGCCUGACGUCAGAUCGACCUUUCCUCACAGAAAGCAUUCCCGAGUGCAUCAUCGAAGAGGAGAUUCGAGUUUCCCCCGUCGUCCAAGAGUCCAUGCUGGAGUUCCUGCGAGAGGACUCGCUGGAGCCUAAAGAGCAAAUAAAAGGAGCUUUGGAGAAGUUACAAGGCUCCGUGUCGGGCCCACUGAGGGAGGAGUUGGCUUUUCUCACCAAAGUAAGCAGUCAAAGUCCGCAGAACGUCGCCGUCAAGAAAGUUCAGAAGUCGAGCGACGGCGGAACCACCACUAUUGUCGCGGAGCUCAACGUCUCGCAGACAUUGGAGGACUCCGGCUUGCUGGACGAGGACGAUUUAUCGGAGCAGCAGAUCAUGGCCGCCCUGAGUUCUUCCGAUUUUGGGAACGUCUUGCAGGGGGUAUCCGGAGAAGGCUACAGCUUGAGGUUCUCCAAAGAGCAGCACGUCGUGAUUGAUGACGACUUUGACGGGGAGAGGGAAGGCGAGUCUUCGUCCCUCGUCGCUGGGAGACGAAUCAAACCGUCCGAGAUGGAGGGACACAGUAGUCGCUCGGAUCAAGAGUGAAUGAAAUUGGAACAUUUGAAAGGCCCGACAAAUGAUCAAGAGUAUUGAUUGCAUUGAUUCUAAAUGCAAGGGUAGACUUGGUACUGCUGCUCUGGAAUUGGAGUAGCCUAAUUCUGGGCUCAGCAAGUUGCCCCUCCCCCUCCCUCCCUCCCUCCCUCCCUCCCUCGAAAAGCCAUCCGCUUGUUGACAAGUUCCUGCAGUUUAGGGAGGGGCGGCAGCGAAGCUACUAAGCGAGCAUUAAUUGAGGUCUUUUGGUGAAAGCAUGUUACGAAGACCUCUGGGCACUGUCUUAAAUCGUAAAAAAAAAAAAAAACGUUACUAAUGUUUCUAACACCGAGUGCAUGUGUUGUAUAUCAUAUGCACUUGUAGCUAUUACAACAGUGUUGAAAUUGAACAACUCAUACUAAUAUUUUCACAGAAUAAUAUUUAGCAUUUUUUCCAAUAGUGAGUUUAGAUCCAGUGAUGGUAAAAAAAAAAAAAGAAAAAUACAAAUUUACAUUACAGCUGAUAUGUUUCUAACCUUUUACUGUGGAGGUUUAAAAAUGUUGCUUGUGCCAAUCACGGCAUCUCGCCACUCAACUUUGUGUAGCAGUUGGGAGCUCUGUGACUUUUCUUUCAUCAGGAAGUUGAAGUUAAAAGGAAAGACACAAAGUCCGGAGGAGGAAAUGGUGGCGCUUUCUGGAUAGUGUUCACUUGACACUUUGUGCUAUCUGUGCUGACUGCAAGGCUCCUUACAUAAGCGAGUGUGUUCAUUUCAGAUGACUAUUUUUGUAUCGGCUUAGCAGCGCUGACCGGUCAGAAGGUUUUGUUGUGUUGUGUUGUGUACACCUUGAAAGGUCACGUAAUGGCUCAAGUUGAUUUUAAACCUGAUUUGAGUCAGUGCUUGAAAAUUGUUUAUAGUCUCUGUCAAUCAAACCAAAGAUGACAUUACAGAGAUUCUGUAUUAUUUCUUUUUUUUUUUGUCAUCUCAACAUUAAGAAAAUAAACAUUUAAGGGCUGUUAAAUGUUCCACUUCUUAAAGGGGAAGUCGAGCCCAAUUUUUUUUAACAAUAUAAUGUAUGCGCCCCUACUAAUCCAAAAACGGCAUUCUGAUUAAGGUUGUGUUUGUGGAAUAUAAGUUAAGCGGCAAAGUUUAUCUGAUUUUAUCAGGGGGCGGCCAUUUUGCCACAUUUUCUGAAGCUGAGCCGUGAUUGGUUGUGACCUAAGACCUGGCAACCCUAAUGUCAUUUUCAGUCGACACCUAGUGGCAAAAUGGCCGUUACCUGUGAUGCAUAAAAUGGAUGGAUUUUGCCUGUGUAAUUCAUAUUCGACAAACAAUUAGUUAAGCUGAACAAACAUACUAAAAAAAAAACGGGGUUUGACUUCCCCUUUAAAAAUUCAGCAGGUCACAUAUUGACGUACUGUAAUGACAAACAUGAUGCAGUUCCUUUUACUGAGAUCUUAUUUUACUAAAUGCACAUUUACACUUAAUAAAAACACUGUGGUAAGUUUUCA